UGAUAAUGAACAAAUCUGGAUAAUUAAAAUGCAAUUAGCAGAAGAUGAUAAUCAUGCUUUGAAGAAGCUUUUCAAUCAAUUGAAGGCAGAUUAUGGAGGUGGUGAGAAUGAAACUAAUCUUCAAUCUUUCGGUGAUGUACUGCAACAUAUGGGAAAAUAUGAUUCGGCAGAGAAAAUAUAUUCCGAUCUACGCAAAACGUAUUCUCCUGAUGAUACAUCAUUUUCUCAUUUAUGUUUCUCAUUUGGUAUGCUAUAUAAAGAAAGAAAGGAUUAUGAUCGUAGUCUACAAUGGUUUCAGAGAGCGUUGGAUAGAAAAAUUCGUACGGAACCAUCUGAUUUUGUCUACAUUGGUGGUCUAUACUGUUGUAUUGGGAAUAUUCAUAUGGAAAAGAAUGGUUAUAAUGAGGCAAUAAAAUGUUAUAAUACAGCAAUGGAUUACUACAAGUGCGCGAAUGCUACAAAUCAUCCAUAUGUAGCUUCUUUGUAUCAUGGUAUUGCUCGUAUUUGUUAUGCUCAAAAGCAAUAUUCAGAUGCAUUGGACUAUUAUCAACGUUCAUUGGCUAUUCAACAGGAGCAUUUACCUUCAAAUCAUCCAGAUAUGGCUAUAAAUCAUACUGGCAUAGGUGAUGUUUAUCGUAGUGUUGGCAAAAUGAAAUCAUUACCUCCUCAACAUCAAGACAUUGGUUCAAGUUAUAAAAGCAUUGGUCUAUUAUAUGAGACAAUGAAUAAUUUGAAAGAAGCAUUAGAAUAUUAUAAAAAAGCAGAGAGUAUCUAUCGUCAAUCAUUGUCCGCUCAACAUUCAAAUGUAGUUGAAAUUGCUAAAGACAUUCAACGUGUGAUAUCAAAACUGAAAUAA